AUGUUCCCUAUACGGAAGCAUUGAAAUGUAGCACCGGAACAUUCACGUGUGAACCGCUUGAAUGCUUUUCUCAACGUAGUUUCAGCUAUUUAUGUAGGGUUUAUCUCACGUCCCUUUAAUAGUCAGAAUUAACAAACGAAUUCAAGAACCAUCUCAUUUAACAUUUAAAAACGUCCACCUUAUUUGGAGUGAAAAUGGCUUCACACGCACAGACGGCCGACGAUAGCGACGACGACAUGGACGGCUUUAUGGAAAGAUUCAAGAAAGAGAAAUAUAGCAACGCUUUUUCCGAGGAUAACUGGGAAGAGGAGUUUAAUAAGGUCCCCAUGUUCAUGAAGACCGCUCCCGAGGACAUUGAUCCCCUGAAACAUCCGGAACUGGCAGCAAUUCAGUCUAUUAUCCACGAUGAUGACAGACCAUUAGGAGAGCAAGCCCAGAGCCUGAAAGAUGAGGGGAACGAAUAUUUUAAGGAGAGGAACUACAAGAAAGCUAUUGUGUCUUAUACUGCUGGGUUACAGAAGAAAUGCAGUGACUGUAAUGUCAAUGCUGUCCUGCACACUAACCGAGCAGCGGCACACUUCCACCUCGGUAACAUGCGUUCUGCACUGAAUGAUGCUGUUGCGGCAAAGAAGUUCAAACCAGACCACCUCAAAGCUUUAAUCAGAGGUGCCACGUGUUGCCUGGAGCUGAAAAAAUAUACAGACGCCCUGCAGUGGUGUGAGGAAGGACUCAAGCUGCAGCCGACAGACAAGAAGCUGCUGGAGCUGAGAGCUGCAGCUGACAAACAUAAGAGAGUGGCAGAAAGAGAUGCACGGAAAGCAAAGGUCCAAGAGAAAAAGGAGCGCAGUGAGAGAGAGGCCCUAUUGGCUGCUAUAAAAGAGCGUGGCGUCAAGUUACGGAUGCCUCCUCCGCGUCCCAAACGCCAAUCUGAGAGUGAGGAUGGUGGGUAUGAAGGCGCCUCUAAAGCCCUAGCAGGGCUAGACCUGGACGGUCUGUGUUCCACAGAGGCUACGGGUGCCAGGGUCUUCCUUGGUGAACAGGGUAUCAUUUACUGGCCUGUUCUCUUCCUGUACCCUGAACACCAACAAACAGACUUCAUUUCAGCCUUCAGCGAGUCCUCCAGCUUCCUAGAUCACUUGUCUCAUAUGUUUGGAGAGGAACUCCCACCCUGGGACACUGACCGGAAGUACUCUUUCAAAAACCUUCAAGUUUUUUUUGAAGAUGAAGAGAGAGAGUCGUUACAUCAAGUCAAUCCGGAGACAACUCUCCUUAAAACCCUUCAGCAUAAAAGGUAUUUUGUAAAGGCAGGAACACCCAGCUUUAUCAUUCUGGUAAAGGGGUCGCCAUUCUGCAAGAAGUUCUUUUCAGAAAGGAAGACGUAUCUACUGUAAUGAGUGAUGACACAUUAGCAAUCAGCUGAGGUCUGUCAAUCUCACAGAUUUAUGGCAUGAACUCUAUCCCACCAAUCCAAAAGGACCGCACUCGUUCCACCCCUUGGCUGGAGAAUAUGGUGACAUUCAUUAAUCAUCAAUGAGAAGAGACAAUGUUUAUGUAUGGGAGUUUUAAAUAAUCUCCAACAUCCUCUGUGAUUGACAAGAUUGCAGUGUUGUAAGCUGUGCAUGCUACAGUUCAUCCUACUGUAGUGUCCGUCACGGUUGGAGUUAACCCUAACCUGUUUUACAACCUUACUAAAAUAAUAAAUGUCAACAUUAUUAAAACGCACUAAACAAAAGUAAAAUGUGUUGAUAGCGAUUGCUACUUUCUUUUCACUGUCCUGUCAACAUAAAAGACUGAUCGUAGUGGCCAAAACCAACCCCUACUGUAUGUUCCAUGUGAAGCUGACUACUCUGACUAAACCAGAAUUUCAAGUUGGUAAGAAGUUAAAACCAUUGUUUAACUGGCUGUACAACUGUACUACACCCCCCCCCACCCCCCACACACACACACACUUAACAGGGUUAAAUAAAGAGGGAGGAGUAAUGUUAUUCUGGAUACUAAUUAUUUUAAGGUCUGUAAAUCUCCCUCAGCCAGAUUCAAGUCAAUAACAGUAAAGACAGGAUUUCCAACUAGGUUUUUCCAUCUUAACCUUCUAGUCUGGAUUGCUUUGGACCUGGGACAUGUGAAUGCAAUUUACUACCAGGUAGAAUUGAAAACCACAGGUAGGACUGGCCCCGAGGCUGGGUAAUAAAACACUGCUGUAGAAUAAAUCAGCUUUGUCCUUGAGCCUAAAAUGACUAGGAGUGUCUUUGUCUUUGCUUACAAAGUGAAUCAGGUGUUGGCA